CUUCCACCCAGCAGGUUGGGAGGAUAAGAGAAAGAAAGUAAAGCAACUACAGAAGAUGGCUUUGGGAGUUCCAAUAUCAGUCUGCCUUUUGUUCAACGCAAUGACAGCACUGACAGAAGAGGCAGCUGUGAUUGUGACUCCCCCAAACGCAGUCCAGCAAAGUAAUUGGACCGUGAACAAAACCGAAGAUGACUAUGCAGAAGGACCCAUAGCCUUGAGAUUUUCCCACCCUUGCCUGGAAGAUCAUAAUAGCUACUGCAUCAAUGGGAUGUGUGCAUUCCACCAUGAGCUAGAGAAAGCCAUCUGCAGGUGUUAUACUGGUUAUACUGGAGAAAGGUGUGAGCACUUGACCUUAACUUCAUAUGCUGUGGAUUCUUAUGAAAAAUACAUUGCAAUUGGGAUUGGUGUUGGAUUAUUAAUAAGUGGUUUUCUUGCUAUUUUUUACUGCUACAUAAGAAAGAGGUGUCUAAAACUGAAAUCACCUUACAACAUCUGUUCUGGAGGGAGACCACUCUGAGGAUUUGUGGGCGUUUUCAUCAUGUCAUUUGGGAAACUCAGUGGGCCCCACAUU